AUGCGGUUCUCUAAGCUACUGUUGCUCAUUAUAUGCUCAUUCUCUACGGAGACUGCACAGACCGACAAGGCUGCGACAGGGCACAAAGCUGGUCUCGAGAUGAACAAUGGAACCCCAACUACGACGCUGAUAGAAUUUGCUGAUGCACAGAAGAAAGAAGUUUCUGCAAAACACGGUGGGAAAUCAGAUUACGCAAACUCGCAGCAGAUGAGAGAAGAAGAGGCUUUGUCAGGCAUUGAGUUGGAAAAAAGACGGCAAAGCCUAAAACAUGGGCAACGUGUGCAAGAAACCAAACAAUCUUUCGAAGACAAAUCGAUCGAAUCGAUCAAGGACAGUGGGCUAUCAAAAAUUGAAGAGAGAAAACUAAAGGCGUCGGAUUUGGUGGUCACCAAAGAUGGCAGAAACGAAAUAUAUAAAAGACACCACGAAGUUCAUGAAAGUCAAAAGGCAAGGGCAAGAAGGGCUGAAAGCAACUACCCCUAUGAAGAAGCACCUUGGGCGUACCAAGGGAAAAGCCUCGAGAAAACAGGCAAAAAGAAUAUAAUGAGUUCACCGAUUGAUGUGAAAAAUCGCUUUGGAAAAGGUAAUAGGAAAAAACCGAUGAAAUCGGUUUCUGCGAAUGGAGAUCGAGACUUCCUCAAGCAAAAAGCUCCAAAGAAAAAAUUAAGUUCAAGGAGACUCAGUAAAAAGAAGAAGUUUGACAGUGGGAAAAAGCAGCAUUCGACAAAACCAUCAACUGAUGAUGAUAAAGAAGAGCGACAGUUGAUUCAUAGCGGUUUUGGCAAAGACAGUGAUUAUGAUGUGAGCGUGAAAACGGCAGAAUUACAGGAGAACGGUGAAAGUAGAACCGGUAAUAACUUUGCAUCCCGCCUUCUGAAAGGACGUCAGAAGGAAUUGGCUACAAAGGAGACGCUGCAUGGAAAAACAAGCUCUUAUGUUGUGAAUAAGAUAGAUUCUGCAAAUGCCAAGUCGGCGCGAAGCAAUUCGGUUAGGUUAUAUGGAGACGGCCAAUUGAAAAGCGUUAAGGGACCGCUCAUGACAAAUCGUUCUGAUGUCAAGCGGUCUUCAUAUUGGUCAAAUCCUUGGACAAUCAAAUACGAGAGAAAGAAAUUGGAGGCGUUAGAAAAACUUCUAAGCAGAGAUAAGCCUCGCAGAGAGUCUGAAAGGUCACGGGUGCGCGGACACAGGGGUGUCGAAGUGCCACCUUGGCAAUGGAAAGAAACACCAGAGACGACCAGUGAGGAGCUGCCAACUCCGAUUGAGACUACAGAACCGCCGGAAGCCCCUGGAGAAACUGAGCCACCUCCGGUCAUAAAAAUUAAGACCAAAAAGCCGCUUAAUCAAGUAGAAACCACAAAAUGGGUGGAUCCCUUUAGACGUGCACCUUGGGAAUAUCGGAAGAACUUGCCGCCUAGAAUUACUCAUGUAGGUGGAAAUGAGUGGGGAUACAGGCGGAGAAAGAAGAGGGAAAUUUAUUAUGGGCCGCGACUGAAAUUUUUCCAGGAGAGAGUUUGGAGCAUGCCCUACGAACGACACUGGGACCCUUCUGACAGUGAACAACCCUGGAAGUCACGGAACAUUUGGUGGCGAUACUUUGCUCAAGGAGAGAACCUUACCUAA